AUGACAAGAAAGCUUGCACCACAGGAGAAACAAGCUCGACGUCCGAUUCAGAAAGCUUGCGUAUUUUGUCAUGAAAAGCACUUACAAUGCGAUUUAGGUCGGCCAUGUCAGAAUUGUCUGAAGAGGAACAUCAGUAGUACUUGCAGAGACAAGCAACGAAAACCACGUCGAGCCGAUCGAAGAAGGAAAAAGGAAGGUGUUUCAGAGCCAGGCAGGCGAAAACCGUCACAAACUAGUCGAAGGUUAGGGAUAGCCAGAUUAGCAAUGAGUAGUGGAAAUGAUACUCAAAUAGCCGGAAACCCCGAGAAUCAGUUAAUCGAGAAUAACACCGAGGAGAACAAUACAAUGGUGUACAAUAGUUUGAAUACUAAAGAGCUAAAAAACGUCCCCUUAGAUAGCAUGAACUUAUUUGCCAAUGAGCAACACAUGGCCAUGAGUAGCGUCAAUCAAGAUCCCAAUAAUGCUGCUAGUCUCGUUAGUGAAGAUAGUGUUCAAUCUGAAGCAGAUACAAAUAGGAAACUCUCUCCAAUCAUUGCUAAUACACCUAGUUUGUUAAAGAUUAGUCCCCUGGGUAAAAUUUCCAGUUUAACGAAUCUGUUAAUUCCACCGAAUGAGCAGCUAUUUAAUUCUGAAGGUCCCACAAUUGCUCAGAAGAAUGACAGUCAAACCGAUCUUACUCAUGAGGGAGUUCCUGAAAAAGGUAUGUUAGGGAAUCCGAAGAGCUCAAGUAAUGCCAGUUUUGGUAGUAUAUGGGCGAAUAACGAGUAUAUGAAGCUGAACGAUAUACUAGGAAGCCCCGUCAUUCCUAGUGGCAAUAGUGGUCCAUUACAGUACUCCUUGCCCUCUGAAGUGAAGAUGGACAAUUACAUGUCAGGAUUCGAUUCCCCCAGGCUAAUGCCCGGCGAUGUUAACAAUAAUUUUGGAUUGCAUCGAUCAAACUCUCGUCCUCAUAUUUCUUUAGAUAUGGCCACUUCUUCUCAAUUAAUCAACGGUAAUUUAAGUGACAGCGUGUCUCCAGAAGUUGUCGAAAAGGACCUAUCACCUUUAAAAUUUCGGCAGCUCGUCAAGACACCCGAGGACCUGUAUGAAAAAGAUUAUCAUAUCAAGCCACACAAUUACCGCGCCGCCUACAGGGACUUGUCAGUCUAUUUGAAACAGCGAUUCUUGACCAGUGAUAGGAAGUCCGUCAAGGACGAUGGUGCGAGGCAUCUGCAAAACAUUGCGCAUUCAAUGACUGCGCAUUAUUCACCAAUAUUUGUCACCUUAACAACCAACUUGGUUGAAAAGGAUCUUGAAUUACAGGAGCUCGUUUUACAGCGCGCUCUUUUGGAGUACGAGAGCAUGGCAAAAUUAACGAACUGUACACCCAUGUGCAUUUGGAGACGCUCUGGAGAAAUAUGUUACGUGAGUAAUGAGUUUGUUUCAUUGACAGGGUUUUCACGAUACGAGAUGUUAUCACAAAGACGAUUCAUCGUGGAAUUCCUUGAUGAUGAGAGCGUGGUUGACUACUUUGAUAUAUUUCAUGAGAGGUUGGCAUUUGGCUCCAAGGAAGGACUGGGUGCCACUUGUGAUGGACAAGCCGUUUUCAGUGAGUGUAAUCUACUUUUGAAAGAUGGAAGUUUUCUUAAAUGCGCAUGCGUAUGGACGGUAAAAAGAGAUAGUUUUAAUAUUCCUUUGCUGGUAAUGGGACAGUUUUUACCCAUUUUUGACUUCAGUCAAAAAUAG